GUUCUGACAGCGCUGUAUGACUGUGAUUCUAGAUUCUGUGUCCCGUCAUUGGCAGGGCGUACAGCGCUUUCAUUGAUUCUGCUUGUUGUUUGCAGUUUGCUGCCGUUUCCGAGAGAGUGUGUUUGCGGGAGGCUUCUUCUACGAUCGUGCCAGUAAACUAGCUUGCUUUCCGAGUGCAGAGCAGGAAAUUGCCACUGCCGGUCCACUAUUUGCUCACACCAAAUAAUUAUGCGGAUUCGGACAAAGAAGGCGGCGGUGCGGCUGCCAACGAUUCGUCUAUCACGCUCGAGACGCUGCAUCAGCAGGACAGCGUCGGGUCGCCUCCAUCAGACACGACCACCGCAGCCAGCAGCGCCAGCAGUCAUGGACGAGGCGUUGACAUCAAGAUUUCCGUGGAUGAUAUUGAUGGCCCGCGGGAAAACGAGCGACCGCCAUCCAUCGAGGAAAAUGCCGAUGUGCAUCACAGUGACUCCAACCCUGGCUCAGCAUUGGUACCGCCAAACUCUGCCGACAUCAAGCGGGUGGCCAGCGUGGAGAUCGUACCGCCGGAGGAACUACCGGACAUCGACGACGAGAACUUUGACGAGCUGCAGCACGUCUACGAUGACGAAACCGUGGUGCAGCUGAAGGAUGCAUGGCGAUCGCGAAAACACCUGGCAAACUUCCUCACUCUGAACCAUUACUUUCAUAUUUUUGUCAUCGUCAUGGUAGCGCUGGAUGUUAUGGUGGUCCUUGUGGAGCUGAUCUUGGAUCUUGAACUUAUCAGGGAUAACGAGUGCCGCAAGGACAGUGACUGUCCCAUAACCAGACGCAGCAACCUGAGUGACACGUCGUCCAUUCAGUCGUGCAGUUACGACACCAACUUCAGCCACUGCAUCUACAUCCACGGGAAACACAGCUGCCAGCUAGAGGAAACACACCAUGACAUCGACCCAGCAGAGGUGUUUCACUACCUUGGUAUCGCUAUCUUAUCCUACUUCAAUCUGGAAGUUCUGGUAAAGCUGUUCGCCCUGGACAUCAAGUUUUUCAAACACAAACUGGAGGUAUUUGAUGCAAUCGUAGUUAUCACAUCCCUUGUCCUCGACAUAACAAUUGGUGGUGAAGGUGCCCGGGAGAGUGUCAGCUUGCUUAUUCUACUGCGUCUGUGGAGAAUUACUCGUAUCUUCAACGGCAUCACCCUAGCCGUCGAGGAGAGGGAGAAGGAGAAACGGCACAAGCUGAAACAUGACAAAGACUUGGCGCUGAAAGAUGUGGACCGACUUCAGAAGAUUGUUCACGAGCUAAAGGUGGAGAUCCAUGAGUGGAGAUCAAGAGCACAUGUCGAGCCCACUUACAAGGGACUAAGACAUGCGGAUGAGCUGCAGUCCAUGAUAGCCGAAGAGGAAAAGAAACACCAUACGGAUGGCAAGCACCAUGGUCACCAUCACCAUCAUCAUCACCGCCAUGGCAAGAACCACCAUGGCAAGAAUCAUCUCCAUGGCAACCAUAUGCAGGCGCCUAGCAGUGACAGCAAUCAUUCGCUUAACUCGCACGGCUCGGCUCAGUCAGCAGACAAAGCCGUCUGAUGAUUCUGAUGAUUACGUCGGCAUUUGUUCUUCUUCUGCUUGUUAGCUGAGUAGAGCCACACUGGAUGUUCUCACACUCACGCCACCGUCUGUUGCCUCCUGCGUGAGUAACCUAGCGACGGUGGCUAAUCUGCGGAGGUAUCAUGCACGUUCAGCGUAGGUACGCGCGUAGUCGCAGCAUGGCAUGGCUGGACGUGUUUAGGUUAGCUUACGUCCCCGUGUGCAUGCCAAGC